AUGCCUCCAGGUGGUUGGCCCGAGACACUGGCGGUCGGAAACUCUGGGGGGCCUGAUUCGACCUGCCUUCUGUUUCUGCUUUCCUCUGUCCUUGAACAAGCAAAAGGCAGCUACGGCCUACCCUUCAAACUCUAUUCGAUACACAUAGAUCAUGAUUUACAGCCUGCAAAUCGCGAAAUGGCAGACUGGGCUAGACGAAAUGCGAAUGCUUUCCGCGUCCAGCACCACACUUACGAGGUCCCAUGGGGCUCCUUCCCGUUCCCCAAAAGCCCCCAUUCAAAGCUUGAGACGUUUGAAAAAGUUGCGCGUGAAGCGCGGCAGAACAGGCUCUUCCAUGGGAUGUCUGUCUCGCAUGCCGAUGCUAUCGCGCUCGCUCACCACGCCGACGACCAGGUGGAAACCGCUGUCAUGCGAAUGGCGAUGGGAAGCGGUCUUGUAGGACUGGCCGGCAUGAGACCUGUGAGGCGGUGGGGUAUGGACGUCGGACAGUUCGGAGCUUUCGCCGGCCCUGAGGGCAUGUCCCGAUGGAUUGUGCGUCCUCUCUUGUGGUUCUCCAAGGAUAGGAUUCUCGAGACGUGCGAGACCAACGAAUUGCCUUAUACAAACGAUCCGACGAAUUUUCAGCCUGCCAUCAGUAUUCGCAACGCCGUUCGCCAUUGUCUGGCCGAGAACAAGGACAUCUCCGAAGUGGUAACCAAGAAGGACCUCAAGGAUGCUCCGGGAGCGCAAGUCGUCGUGGAACAAAUCCCAAAAUUACAGGCUGCCCUUGAAAAGCUUCGCGAGCAGGCUGAUCGUAUGCCGGACAGCGCGAUCUUUGAAGGCCGUGACCGACUGCGAGAAGUUGUUAGACGUUUCUCUACACGCCUCGAGGCGCUGGAUUCCGAAGUUUCGAAUGUUCUCAUGCCAUGUCUUCUCCCAUCUCCUCCUUCCACGCUCUUACUGUCCAUCCCAGAACUUCAAGAGAUUGGGGAUCCCGACGUCCGUGUAGGAAUUGCGCGCCGCAUAUUGCGCUACCUCUCCCCUCGUCCAUGGGGUAGUUUGGCGGCAGAAGCCAAAGGGGACAGUGCAGCAUUGAACAACCUCGUGAAGAAAAUAUGGUGUAUACCUUCUCGGAUACCUGAGUUGGACCCGGUACCGCUGCCGUUUAGUGCGCCAAGCACUGUUCAGUUCUGGCCCAUGGUCGUGCGCACUGAUGAAAUGGUCAGAAGACGGAAGGUCCUUAAUUUCGGCGAGGUGCCUGUCUGGUUGGCGCAGCGUGCCCCUCCCCAUUCCGCAAAGCAGCUUGCCAGGGAAGGUCGUGCCAAUCCUUUGAUAAAGGACCUCAGCAAAUUCUUUGUCGGCUUGCAACGAAGGGACAAGAUACACUUCAUGCUGUACGAUUGCAGGUUUCUCUUGACCUUCACCUUCGAGGACAUGCCGAGCGAUAUUUUCGUUGCAACACUGGACCCCACCACGAAAUUCUUGGUCAAAUCUUACACCUCUUGGUUCUUACCUCAGGUGAUAAUGCAGCGUCAAGGCGAACAAGACCAGGUGUUAGCGAGGUUUAAGUAUAAGCAUCCUAGGUGGAGCGAGACACAAGAAAGGGAGAACAGUAAAGAUAUCAAGGAGAGAGAGGAUGAUGUUCUGGUAAGAGGAGACGGUGAUGCAUGGAUAAAGAUCGAAUUCAUUCGGACGUUGGAAGCUCUCUGA